UUUUGCUUCUUUUUUUGUUGUUGUUUUUGUACUACGCGUAACACACUUUCACCUGGCCACAUACGACAACGAGAGGUCCUCCUCUGUAGUUUGGAAUACUUCAGUGAAAGAAAAUUCAUCUCUGAAAUUACAAUGAAGGUCCUUGUAGUUCUGAUGCUGGUUACGUGGAUAUGGGCCACUGACCCCAAGGUACCUGUGGAUCCUGAAGAGCCUGUUGGACCCCCACAACCAUAUAGCUUCACCUACGCGGCAGGCCGGUAUCCAGGUCAUAUAGACAGAACACAUUCCGAGACAAGUGACGGCUCCGGGACCAUCCGUGGGAUGUUCGCUUACGUUGAUCCCCGAUACCAAGUGCGGACGGUGGAGUACGUAGCGGACGCCCAGGGUUUCCACCCCGUGCUCAGCAACCCAGUGGCUGACACCCCGACAGUAGCAGCAGCCAAGGCAAAGCACGCUGACCUUUACGCGCGCAUUGCGGCGGAGCAUGCGCGCAUCGCUGCUGAGCGCGGCCCCGAACAAGAGGAUCAGACGCAGCACCUCAACUACUGAUGUGGCUCCAGAGCACUCCAGAGAUUUGUGUAAGGCGAUGGAGAGGGGAGCUGUAUUUCGAGAGUGUGUAUAUACCGUAUUUACGCAUGUAUAGGCCGCACAUUUUUUGCCAAAAAUUCAAGAG